AUCCAUCUCUGCUAAUCAACCAUACCCCCCACCCGCCACUCCUCCAGUCCACCACCGGGAUCCUUUCGUUCUUCCCUGUGUGCGCCAAUUCCCACCUGAGGAGGAAAAUUUCAUCGAGAAAAAGUGUCCGAGAAUGGCUGAUACCGAUUCCUUCCUUCACCUCGCCCGCCCUCUGGGCCCCGUGGCAGUGGGGGCUCCGACGACCGCCCCUCUGAGUGUGGUUAUUCAGCCUCAGGCUCUUUUCUCGAUCCUGGACCACUCGCUGCGUCGCAAUGCCGACCAGGAACGUGUGAUCGGUACCCUGCUGGGAACCCGGUCGGAGGAUGGCACCGAGGUGGAGAUUCGCACCACCUUCGCCGUGGGACAUACCGAGACGACGGAUCAGGUGGAGGUGGACAUGGAGUACCAGAAGCAGAUGCUGGCGCUGCAUCUCAAGGCCAACCCCAAGGAAUUCCUGGUGGGGUGGUACGCUACCUCCCCUGAACUGAACACCUUCUCCGCCUUGAUCCAGAACUUCUACAGCGGCCAGGGUGACGGCACGUGGCCUCACCCGGCCGUCCACCUGACCGUGUCGACCGAGGCCGGCAAGGACAUCGAGACUCGCGCCUACAUCUCCGCCCCCGUCGGUGUGACCGCCGAGCGCGCCGCCGACAGCGCCGCCUUCAUCCCCGUCCCCUAUGAGAUCCGCUACGGCGAGGCCGAGAAGAGCGGCCUGGAGGCCGUCGCCUCCGCCCGCGACGCCGAGGAGCGGGCCACCGCCACCUUCACCGACAUUGAGGCUCUCGAGCGGGCGAUCGAGGAAGUGCUGGGCAUGAUCGACCGCGUCUCGCGCUAUGUCGAGUCCGUUAUCGAUGAGGAAGCCCCCGCGUCGACUGCUCUUGGCCAGUACCUGCUUAACACUCUUGCCUUGGCACCCAAGGUUGAACCCGCCGACAUCGAGCGUGACUUCAACAACCACAUCCAGGACGUCCUGGUGGUGUCCUACCUGGCCAACACCAUCCGGACACAGAUGGAGUUGUCCAACCGACUAGCCACGGCCCAGCUCACCCUGGGCGGCGAGGGCGCCAACGCCGAGACCGGCGGUGGCCAGCGCGGCGGCCAGCGGGGCAAGGGUGGCCGUGGAGGGCAGCAGCAGCGGAACCAAGAACGACCUACGGAAGAGGCUCGUGCUUGAAGAGAACGAGGCUCGAAACGAAACGAAAAGAAAACAUGAAACAUGAAAAAAAAAAAAGCGCCAAAAGAACGAGACGAGACGUAAAUAAAGAAAUGAAUUGCGUUGGGGUUGGAAAAAAGCGGGGGAAACCUAUGAUGAGAAUUGAAGAUAGAUUAUACCUUUCUUUCUUUCCUUCUCUCUCUAUCCUCUUGUUGACCUUUUGAUCUUUUUUUUUUUUUCUACUUCUUCUCUUGACGGUUGCUCUCAGACGUAUCUCCUUUUGUUGCCCAGACCCCUCUUGCUGCUCUUUUACCUUUUCUUUACUUCUUCCUAUUUGAUACGUGUCUAUGGUCCUAUCAUUGUCUGUCAUCUAUUUCAUUUAGUUUU